AUGCCAUUCGCCAAAAGGAUUGUGGAGCCGCCGCUUCUGUGCAGGAACCACAUCCCCCACGAUGAGGGUCUGCUUCUCGAGGACCUGUGUGCCAUCAAUAACGUGGUUCUGUCCCGGACCUUGCGACAGCUGUCCGACCUGGCCCGGCACGCCUGCUCCUUAUUUCAGGAGCUGGAGAACGACAUCCUCCACACCAACCAGCGGGUCUGGGUCCUCCAGAACAGAAUAGGCCAGAUCCAGCAGACUGCCAGUGCCCUAGACCCUAAAAAGGAGGCAGUGCCGGUGUCGAACCUGGACAUAGAAAGCAAGCUGUCACUGCACUAUCAGGCUCCAUGGCACCAACAACACAACGUGUUUCAUCCCUGCACCCGACCGCCAUGUCUGGAGGAGCUGCACAGAAAUGCUCAACUCAGCCUCCGAGCCCUGAACCGAGACGAACAACAGCACGAACAACGGUCCACAAGUCGGGAAAGAAACAGGGUGACCAUCUCUAUCUCCGUGGCGCCCCCUAUGCCCACCUUCCCCUCACCACACAGCAUUCGCCGGCAGCAGAGAAGUCGGCUGGCGCGAGCGCAAGAGAGAGCAGAGAGGGAGCGAGAGUUAGACUAUCAACCCAGGAAGGAGAGGACUGUGAGAGAAACAGAGACCAUCCAGAGAAAAGUAAGAAAAUUACAGGAGAGGCCAGGGAGAGAAGCAGAUGUUCAGACGAUCCAAAGAAAGUUUGCGUGCUUUUACUCACUUCACCCUAUUGAAAGUUGCAUCUUCAUCCCAUGGAAUAGAAAGGCUACCUCGAUGGGGGAAGACGAAGGUUGUGAGGUCUUGGGAGGCCACAGAGCCAAGUCCUCGGCCCACAAAGCUUCCUCAACCCAAGAUAAGCAGACGAGCUGGUCCAAGGAAAACCACCCACCUUCAGAUCCGAAGAUAUCUGCCGAUUCUCACUCCAUCUCCUCCUGCAUCAUCCCCAUCAACGUCACAGGUGUUGGGUUUGACAGGGAAGCCAGUGCUCGUUGCUCUCUAGUACAUUCCCAGUCGGUUCUUCAGAGGAGGAGGAAGCUAAGGAGGAGGAAGACCAUCACAGGAAUACCCAAAAGAGUGCACCAGGAUAUGGACUCAGAUGAAUCACCCGUAGCAAGAGAGCGCACAGUGAUCGUCCAUGCCAACCCGCACCAACUCUCUCUCUAUCAGGAAGAUCUCUCAAUCAGUGGUCGGCUCCAUCACACUCGUGACUCUGGCUGCCAGACAGAUGAUUUCCUUAUAGCAUGUUCAGCUGCUCCCUCCAGACGACGCAUCAGAGCGCAACGUGGCCAUCAGGGAAUCCCUGCCUCUCUCUCCCAUUCGACAGGCAACAUUUCGUCACUGGGUGACCAGUCAGAUUCCACAUACACCUGCUCUUCCAGCCACGGUGCACGCUUGCGCUCUCGCAGCCUUCCACGAGAGGGUGGACGUCUAAUGGACAGUGAUGAUGAUGACGAUGAUGACGAGGAUGAUGAUGAUGACAAUUAUGAUGAUGACGAUGAAGAUGAGGAGCUGUCACCAUAUGAAGCUGAUGACUUUAUUCCAUCUGGCCCUAGUCCAAGAAUGAUGAUGAUGAUGAUGAAGGAUGAGGAAGAGAGCACAGAUGACCAGGCAGCCCCUGAGCCACUGCAACUUGGAAGCCUCAAAAGGUUACAGCGAUCUGGGGAAAGAGACCGAGGGGGUGGAGGAGGAGGAAGCCCGGAGCAUAGCUGGAUGGAGAGGGGCCGUUCUCGCUUACCCCGCAAAGCUGACAUGGGAAGCUGUGAGAUCUCAUCAAGUUCAGAUACUUUCAGCAGUCCAAUUCACUCUAUGUCUACAACAGGAGUUCUAGGAAGCCAUGUGGACCAUAAAGAGGACCACCAGUCGUCAAGUGGGAACUGGAGUGGUUCCAGCUCCACCUGCCCCUCUCAGACAUCUGAAACCAUACCCCCGCCCUCUUCUCCACCACUGACAGGCUCUUCCCAUUGUGACUCAGAGCUAUCACUCAACACUGUGCCCAUUGCCAUUGAUGAGGGAUUUUCCCUGGAUGCCUCAUACCACUCUGACCUCAGACCCCAGGGCCAGGGCCACAGGUCAAGCUCAUUUACAUCCUCAGCCACAGACCAGCUAGAUGACGCAGGGGUCAGUACAGCAAGUGAGGGGGAGUGGACAUACCCUCAAGACCAAGACCAGACUGAUCCAGACCAAGACCAUGAUCAGAUCCAAAACCUGAGUCAUAGUCAUGGGUUAGCUCAGGAGUACAGCUCCAAACAAGGUUUGGAAAACCAAACCUGUUUUAGUGACAACAAUACCCCCAACAAUGAAAAGGGGCCUGGCUCUCUUUACGCAUCAGAGACAAACAGUUUCUACUCCUCAUCAGUGCAUUUUGGGGAGUGUAAUCAGAGUUACAGAGGUUACAUGUAUAACUAUGCAGACCCCGGACCUGACUGCAGUCAAUCCAACACUGUGGCAGCAGCACUAUCCCAUGGAGUGUACCUCCAAUCCUCAACUGACCUCAGAGCAGGCACUAUGACCCUGGGGAGAAGCUAUCGUCCACUGAAGAAGCCUAAAGUCAAACCUCCACCACCAAAACGGACUUCUUCGCUGAAGGAAAGCAGCAGUAGUGUUGAUGUUGGAACGGACACACAAGCAGAUCAAGAUCAACCAAAGACGGUUAGAGAACAAGAGCUCACCUUGUCUUCCACAGAUAUGAAGAGGGAACUGGAGCUUGAGCUUGGAGGUGCUCCCGAACCCUUACAGACAUCUUGUCUAGUAGCAGAGCCUUUAGGAUCAUGGGGAAUGGGACUGGGUGAAACUGUCGACAUUGUAGAACCGAUGUCCUUCAGCUCGGCAGAUACACACUCGUUUAAGAAUGAAGGUGCUGUGCAAUCUGAUUAUGCAGACCUGUGGCUUCACAACACUGAGCUGAAGUCCAACAAUGGUGAGUACACAUCUAUGUCCAACUCAAGCACAGCCACAGGCACUACUGUCAUGGACUGUAUCAAGUCACCAGACAGCUCUUCCUCCUCCACAGAAUCCCAAAGCCAGGCCUCGGCCCAGGUGUCACAGACCAGGCCAACUAGUCCCCCUCUCCCACCUGGAGACUACAAACUUGGGUCCCCUGAGAAGCUGGCAGGCCUGGCCUCCCCAUCAAGUGGCUAUUCCAGCCAAUCAGAGACUCCGACAUCAACCUUACCCUCAUCUUCAACAGCGUUUUUCCCAGGACCUCUAUCUCCAUCCACAGGCAAAAGGAAGCCUAAAGUGCCAGAGAGAAAGUCUUCUCUUUCUUCUCUCCAGCAUUUUCCCAGAGAUGGAGUUUCCAUUUCAUCUGGUUAUAAGAGAGACCCAGACUUUCCACCUCCACCUUCUCAACUUGAUCUCAAUAUUCUUCAUGGUGGCUAUGUCAGACACACGCUAUCCCACCGGACACACCACAUGCACACGCUCCACCACAGCAAACACAGAGUUUCAAAUGUGUUAGCCACUGGAACAAAGUUUUUGGUCCCUGAGACAUCGAAUACCAACCCGCCACCACAUUCAAACUCAACUCCUACAAUUACAAAUUCCCAUCUAAUGGUGAUAACGCCAUCUGCUCUCCGUUCAGUGCAGCUCCAUCCUAUUAGUCGAUCCAGAGAUAGUGCUACCACUGCAGUCCAGGAAACAGCAAGUGGAAUGGAGACUGCUACGAGACCCAAAUAUCCUCCUAGUUGUUCUACCCUUGCUCCACCACCUAUUAACACUAGGCCACUCCCGCCCCGUAGACCACCACCCAGACCCCCAUGUCAUGACCACAUCUCCUCCCCUGAACAUUCACAACCACCUCCUCCUGGCCGCCACCCUGAUGGGCCACCAUCCUAUGAAAGCCUGCUACUCAGACAGGACCGCUAUGGAGGUGGAACUUUCUGGGCUAUGUCGGCCUUCAGAACACGGAUGGACCCGUUAUCAGAUAUGUCUGAAGACAGCUCACCUUUACAUCGGCCAGUGCCACGUGCUCCCCACCCUUCGCCUGUGGAUCUACACACACACAUCCACUCGCACACAGAGUUCAGAGGGCUCACACAUUCAACUCAUGCACAUUCUGAGUUUAGGGUUUUGGGGGAACGCUCAUUCUCCCAGGAUGAUGAUGAUGAUGACGAUGAAGAGGAGGAAGAGGAAGAGCCAGUGAAAGACCUACCGAGGGCUGCAUGUUCCAGAGGAGGCAUGCGAACGGAUCACCCUCCACCCCCAGCAUAUGAGUUUGCUGGAUUAUGCCACUCAGACUCAGGGCCCUGGGCUAGUCCAUUCAAAGUGCCUGGUACCACAAUGGAGACAUCGCAUCCUUACCUAAUCAGCGAUGCAAGGAGAAGAGGACUAGUAGAGAGAGACGAAGAAGAUGAAGUGAUAUCCGGUGCUACCAGAAGUGCCCAUCAGCAGCAUUCACAGGAGAAUAAAGACGACUCCACAACUCCUGACACAGAGGAUUACUUCAGUAAAGAUUCCACGCCCAGUGAUAACUCGCUCUCCCCUCUGACGGAUGACUCCAAAAUGGACGAUGAAUUACUCAGCUCACCCAACAAGACCCGUACAACUGAGGAUCUGUUUGCCAUGAUACACAGAUCCAAAAGAAAGGUCCUGGGCCGUAAAGAUUCAGGAGAUUUAAACGUGAAGUCUCGUCUUUGCCCUCCAGCGACAGUGACCCCUUGCAAUGUCACCACCGUCAUUAUCCCGCCAGAACCUCCUCUGAACAUCCCAGCCAAUUUAGCCACUGCUGCUGGGGCACAACGAGCCCCAGUGCCAAUCUACCGUAGCGCCAAGAAAUCCACCACAUCCAACGAGGAGUUUAAACUCCUGUUGCUGAAGAAAGGUAGCAGGUCGGAUUCCAGCUACCGCAUGUCAGCGACAGAGAUUCUAAAGAGCCCCAUCACUCCUAAAAUGCCAGGGGAGUCCCUUCAAGAGGGAGCCUUCAGACAGUAUGAGGAGCACACCUCCGCAUUCCAAGAGCCCCCCAUGUCUGGCAUGGACCCAAUACAGAUACCAGGUCUUUUUCCCAGGGCCAACGCUGAGAGUUUCACCUCCAAAACCCUGCCUAUGUCGGCUGCAUCUCGACAGGGACGUUCUCGGAUCCCCCCUGUAGCCAACAGCAGUCGCUACAGUACCCGCAGCCGCCUCUACACCGCCCCGAUGCAAGCCAUUUCUGAAGGGGAGACAGAGAAUUCAGAUGGAAGCCCCCAUGAUGACAGAUCAUCCUAA